GAAUAUGCGCAUUAGAAUUCUUUAUGACAACAAAAUGCCGUCGGCUUCAGAUGCAUCGUCAGCUUCUGUACAAACUGAAAAACCUCACCACUAUACGUAUUUGAAAGAAUUUCGCACUCAGCAGUGUGAACUCUUCCUUCAACACAAAUGUCAACAACAUAGGCCAUUCACUUGCUUUCAUUGGCAUUUCCUAAAUCAAAGAAGACGACGACCUGUUAGAAAACGAGACGGUACAUUUUCAUACAGUCCGGACAUUUACUGUUCGAAAUAUGAUGAAACGACAGGGAUUUGUCCUGAUGGAGAUGACUGCCCAUUUUUACAUAGAACAGCUGGUGAUACAGAAAGAAGAUAUCAUUUAAGAUACUAUAAGACUGGUACUUGUGUUUAUGAGACUGACACCAAAGGUAACUGUACAAAAAAUGGUCCCCACUGUGCCUUUGCACACGGAGCUCAUGAUAUGCGCCCACCAGUGUACGAUUCCACUGAGAUGCAGCCCUCAAUGGAUAUAAUAGACAAGUCCUCUACAUCUCCCAGUACAUUAGAAAAAGACAAGGUUCUUGCAGAAGAUCCAAGAUGGAAUGAUACUAAUUUUGUACUGGCAAAUUAUAAGACAGAACCUUGCAAGCGUCCUCCUAGACUUUGUCGCCAGGGCUAUGCAUGUCCCCAGUUUCACAAUACCAGGGAUAGGAGAAGAAGCCCAAAACAAUACAAAUACAGAUCUACUCCUUGCCCUAAUGUAAAACAUGGUGAUGAAUGGGGUGACCCCACGCAAUGUGAAAGUGGGGACAAUUGCUCAUACUGUCACACCAGAACAGAGCAGCAGUUUCACCCUGAGAUCUACAAAUCAACCAAAUGUAAUGAUAUGGUGCAAACAAACUGCUGCCCUAGAGGUGCUUUUUGUGCGUUUGCCCAUGUUGAACAGGAAAUAUCUAUAGUGCGGGAUGUGUUAUCAAGUCUAACAAGCAAUUCAUUAGCAGCUUUUGUGACCAAUGUUUUACCUGUGUGCGAAACAUCUAACAAAAUGGAAUCCAUGUCAGGGAAAGAUGAACUCAAUGGGAAAGAGACUAAUGGAAAAGCAGAUUCAAAGCUCCCAAACCCUAUAGGAAAAGAAAGAGCUAAUAGUAUACCUUCUCAAACUAGUUUAAUAUCUAUGAGUCUGAUGGGCUGCAACAAUGGAAACAGCUACAGAAACAGCCCUCUUACUGACCCAUUUAUGAAAGUCAGGUCCUGCAGUUUUAGUUCAGACUAUAACAACUCACCACUUUACAUGAGGGCACCAGGUUUUGAGAGGGAUGAGUACCAAUUGAAAUUAAGACAACAAUUGGCUUGCAUAGAGAAGGAUACCACAAUAGAUCCUAAUGAGAAAGCCAAGCGUAAAGAAAACAUACUACUGCUACAUCAGGCAGGCUUAUAUAAUCAUAUAGGCCAUAACUUUUCCCUUAAUCAGGGAUCUACCACUAUGUCUCCCUUAGCACCAGCAUUUUAUCCUCCAGGGGAUUGUGUUGAGUCUGUCUUAGGCAAAGCUUUAGAUGAGGUACACCUAGAUGACCUAGACAUUGGUAGCCUUGAACGAGAGCUGGACAAGGAUAUAGAUGCUAAUUCUGUCAGUAGUUCAAUCAGUGCUGGUCUUUCAACGUCAGGGUGCUUCAGCAAUAAUUCCUCGAUACCAAUUGGCAUCCCAUUCAGUAGGAUUGCCCAGCGAGGAAGUAUAAGCAGCUUAUCCCAGUCUCCACCCUCUCCGUUUGGAAGUUUCCCCCAUAGCAUGCAACCCCUGCAGUUGCAGAAGCAAGACUCUAAUGAUCACUCUUCUUCCCCGUUACUGAAUUGUUAUUCUGGACUUAAAUACCAAAUGGGGUCUAAUUUAAGUGAUACCAAUUCCAUGUCACCCCGUAGUGCUGGGCCUCAGUCCCCAAUGCUCUCUGGGUCAUUUGGUACCCAUCUUCAGAAUGGGGAGGUACACAAACUGAGAGAAGAGCUAAUGAUAGCAAAGUCAAAGAUGGCAGAAUGGGAGGGAGUAUACACCCAAGCUAAGUGUGUAACACAUUUUGUUACACAGGCCUGUGAUGCAUGGAAGAAGGAAGCGGAGGAUGCCAACAAGAAGUCAAAGUUGGCGGAGGAAGAGAAGCAACAAGCUAUCAAACAGAAGGAUGAGUUUCUUGCCCAGAAUCUUCGCAUGCAGCAGAUCUUAAACUUAACUGGUGGACCUCAUAUCUAUGCCUUGUCAAGAAACAGUGAAUUGGAUAAGCUCAGCUUUCAACAACUGCAGCAACUUAGAUCACAUUUACAACAAGAUGUUGAUAUCCUUGAUAAGUUGAUGUUCCAAAAAUUUGGACGGAAAGUUUGAUAUGGGUAGGUCCUAGGAUUUAUCAACCAAUUGAAAAAAUAAGAAACAGGGGCGAUUGCAAUACAGAAGGAAGAUUUACCAC